UGCCGAUGACAACGGCAUCGUAACUCGCAAUCCUCGAGGAACAACCCUCGAGGGUCGGUUGGGCGAGCGAUGGUCGGGCGUUGCGUCGACGUUCAAAAGCUGUGGCUCGUUCGCAUGAUCGUAGCGUUGACCAGACCAAUCAGCUCCAUGACAGGACUCCUCUGGCCUCUAUUUUCCCGCCAAUUUCAGUAAACAAUAUUCAGGGCUAAUUGCCGGAUACUUCUUUUGGAUGAUUAUUGCAAUCACUUCAUAAAUAAUAAGUGUAAUUAAGUGUUCAUUAAUAUGGAUGUAGCCGAUGUGCAGGAUGGUCGUUUGAGAGUAAAGGACGAAGUGGGUACACAAUGUCAGAAACUUUUUCAAGACUUCCUCGAGGAAUUCAAAGAAGAUGGUGAAAUUAAAUAUCUGGAACCAGCUAAAGAGCUCAUAAGCCCUGAGCGCAGCACCUUGGAAAUUUCCUUUGACGAUAUCGAAAAAUAUAAUCAAGUACUCUCAACGUCGAUCAUCGAAGAAUAUUACAGGAUUUAUCCAUACUUAUGCCAGGCCGUUUGUAAUUUUGUUAAAGACACAGGUAACUUAAAAAAAGAAAAAGAAUGUUAUGUCAGCUUAACUGAUGUGCCUACAAGGCACAAAGUGAGGGAAUUAACAACAGCAAAAAUCGGCACCUUAAUUCGUAUUUCUGGCCAAGUAGUACGAACUCAUCCAGUCCAUCCAGAAUUAAUUCUUGGAACAUUCAUAUGUCAAGAUUGUCAUACAGUCACCAAAAAUGUGGAACAACAAUUCAAAUAUACCAAUCCAACGAUUUGUCGGAAUCCAGUGUGCAGCAACAGGCGCCGGUUUAUCCUCGACGUUGAUAAUUCCACAUUCAUUGAUUUCCAAAAAAUCCGAGUUCAGGAAACACAGGCAGAAUUGCCUAGGGGUUGCAUUCCUCGCUCUCUGGAAGUUAUUUUGCGGGCAGAAGCUGUUGAGAUGGUGCAACCUGGCGAUAGAUAUGACUUCACCGGCACACUGAUAGUUAUACCAGAUGUGGGAGCCCUGUCAUUACCUGGAGCAAAAGCCGAGUUUGGAUCGAGGCAUAAACACGGUGAUCCGUCAAUCGAAGGAGUACGAGGCUUGAAAUCACUUGGAGUCAGAGAUUUGAAUUACAGAAUGGCUUUUCUUGCUUGCAGUAUCACGUCUACAAGUGCAAGAUUUGGAGGGACUGAUAUGGCAAUGGAAGAAAUUACGCAGGAAAUGAUGAAGAGACAAAUGUCUGACGCUGAGUGGAACAAAGUUUAUGAAAUGAGUCGUGAUAAAAAUCUCUACCAAAAUUUGAUAUCCAGUUUAUUUCCUUCGAUUCAUGGAAACGAUGAAGUGAAAAAGGGUAUUACAUUAAUGUUAUUCGGUGGCGUUCCCAAGACUACGAUUGAGGGAACAACUCUGAGAGGGGACAUCAAUUGUUGCAUCGUUGGGGAUCCCAGUACGGCGAAAUCUCAGAUUCUGAAACAAGUAGCGGAUUUUUCACCGCGAGCUGUUUAUACUUCCGGAAAAGCUUCAAGCGCUGCAGGUCUAACAGCCGCUGUAGUAAGAGAUGAAGAUUCUUCAGAUUUCGUUAUCGAAGCUGGAGCUCUGAUGCUCGCGGAUAACGGUGUUUGCUGCAUUGAUGAAUUUGACAAGAUGGAUCCUGCAGAUCAAGUAGCUAUUCACGAAGCCAUGGAACAACAAACUAUUUCUAUUGCAAAAGCAGGCAUACGGGCGACUCUAAACGCACGCACAUCAAUUCUAGCUGCAGCAAAUCCGAUCGGCGGUCGUUACGAUAGAUCCAAAUCUUUGCAGCAAAAUCUUUUAUUGACAGCACCUAUAAUGUCUCGUUUUGACCUAUUUUUUAUCCUGGUUGAUGAAUCUAAUGAAAUUGUGGACACCGCGAUUGCAAAAAAAAUUGUAGACCUACACAGCAACAACGAAGUCAUUAUCGAGACUCUCUAUAAUCGGGAAGAAAUCUUGAGGUACAUCAAUUUUGCCAAGCACUUCAAGCCCAUGCUUAAAGAAGAAGCUGCCUUGUUAUUGGUAGAAGUCUACACGACCUUGAGACAAAGGGAAGGUGGUAGCUCGGGUAAAUUUACGUGGAGGAUUACCGUACGUCAGUUGGAAAGUCUCGUGCGUUUAUCCGAGGCUCUAGCAAAGUUGGAGUGUAGUGACGAAGUUACAGUAAGGCACGUCAUUGAAGCAAAAAAAUUAUUGAGUAAAAGUAUAGUCAGAGUUGAGCAACCGGAUGUUGAUCUUGACGAAGAUGAUGCUCAAUCUCGGGAGCUAGCGAUGGAUAUGAACAACACGCCUCCUCUCAUGGCUGCACUUGAUGCUUUAGACAAUAGCGGUGUCAGCUCUGCUGCUAGUGCAGAAUCAACAAACAAAAAAACCCAACACCAAGAUGAAUCUGCCAAAAAGAAACUAACGAUGUCUUUUGCGGAUUAUAAAAAUUUGUCCAAUAUGCUAGUGGUACACAUGCGAGCAGAGGAGGCUCGCAUCGAAAGCGAAGAUGGUAAUAAAGAGGGGAUUAGAAAAUCAGAAUUAGUUGCGUGGUAUUUAGAUAAAAUACAAGAACAAAUUGAGUCCGAGGAAGAACUAUUGGAGAGAAAAGGUCUUAUCGAAAAAAUUAUCGACAGACUUAUAUACCAUGACCAGAUUAUAAUACCUCUUACGACUACGGAGCUUUUAUCAAGACGCAGAGGUCAAGAAGAUGAAGAAGAAGAAGAAGACCCUAUGCUCGUUGUACAUCCAAACUACAUUCUCGACCCUUGAUAAGUAAUCAAUUGACAUAAGUGCUACGACGUAUCGAUUAAAUUGUGAAUCCCAUAUUGUGCCUUAGAAUUAGUAUCACAUACUUUGAGAUAACUAUUUUAAUCAAUCAAUCUUCGUCCUGCAAUGGAAUUUUUUUGUAAAACGUUUUUAUGUAAUUCCUGAUUUGUACUGAUUUUUAAGAUGUACCAAUCUAAAAAUCCCUCUGCGGUAAUUUUUAAUUUCUUCUUUUUUUCCUCUCUUUUCUGAUCGGCGUUUAGCAAUAGCGUUGGAAUUACUUGAGACCCUGACCUACCUCAUUUUAGUGGCAUUGCAACGCUGGUUGUAAUCUACGUAAUUAACGAAGCUCUGUUAACAAUGCGUUUAAACGUUCGCACUUCGUUAAUGAACGGUUUCAGAUUAACGUUACUAUUCAAGCUAACGGACGAAAUAUGACGAUUCGUCAUUCUGCUUGAGCGUUUUUCCAGAUUUUCAGAGAACCGAUGUCACGUUUUUGCGAAAUUAUUGACUUAUCAAAUAUUAUCGUCUCUCCGCGACGUCAAUUGGCCAAGAUUUGCCGGACUCAAAAUUUAUUUAAAUCUUGCCAGCAGUUUGAAAUCUAAUCUUCUGUAAGCACCAUUCAGUGAUCCAUAGUGGGGCAGUGUGAUUAUAAUUUUAUAGAAUGUUUAGAUACAAUGCAACUAGACUACGCAUGUCAGUGUGCAGGUUUAUCAGUAGGAGAAACCAAGAAGCGGACCAGAGUUAAUUUCAUGUCGCGUGGAUCAGUCCGUAGAUCUAAACCGUCAUGUCUAGCGUAAGGCGGCAGG